AUGAAUACUGCACGAUAUUAUCAUGAAGUAUCCCUACUAACAAAUGGAAAAGUGUUAGUUACUGGUGGAUAUGAUGGUAUUUCUUAUUUGAAUAGUGCUGAGUUGUAUGAUUCAUCAACAGGAACAUGGACAACUACUGGUGAUAUGAAUAAUGUACGAUCUGUACAUACAACAUCCGUAUUAACAAAUGGAAACGUGUUAGUUACUGGUGGAGUUGAUAGUAUUGCUGCUUCAAAUAGUGCUGAGUUGUAUAAUAUAUCAACUGGCGCUUGGACAGCAACUAGUAGUAUGAAUACUGCACGAUAUCAUCACACAGCAUCUGUAUUAACAAAUGAAAAUGUGUUAGUUACUGGUGGUCUUUCAAAUAGUGCUGAGCUAUAUGAUCCAUCAAUAGGUACUUGGACCACAGCUGGUAAUAUGAAUAAUGUACGAGAAACACAUACAGCAUCAAUAUUACUAAAUGGAAAAGUGUUAGUUGCUGGCGGAUCGAAUGGUAGUUCUAGUCUAAAUAGUGCUGAGUUGUAUGAUCUGUCAACAGGAAUUUGGACAGUGACUGGUAGUAUGAACAAUGCACGAUAUCGACAUACAGCAUCUGUUUUAACAAAUGGGAAAGUAUUAGUUGUUGGUGGGCUGGAUGGUAUUUCUUAUUUGAAUAGUGCUGAGUUGUAUGAUCCAUUAAGAGGAACUUGGACAACAACUGGUAGUAUUAAUAAUGCACGAUAUGAUCACACAGCAUCUCUACUAACAAAUGGAAAAGUAUUAGUUACUGGUGGACACAAUAGUGAUACUUUGAAUAGCUCUGAGUUGUAUGAUCUAUCAACAGAAAUUUGGACAACAACUGCUAGUAUGAAUAAUGCACGAUCUUACCAUACAGCAGUCGUUUUAAUAAAUGGAAAUGUGUUAGUUACAGGUGGAUCCGGCACUAUUGUUUUGAAUAGUUCAGAAUUAUAUUAA